GCUCCAUUGAAACCUAUGGAGCUACGAUCAACUUAGGCUUACAAUGCUUUUGGGAAACGCUACCCUGGACUUUACGACACAAAGUGGCCUAUCACAUGGUCCACAACACAUCUCACCAUACAACCCACCAAUUUUACACCACUUAAUAUCAUAAAAAUAUAAAUGAAUAAAUAUAAAUAAUAAUAUAUAAAUGCAGAAUGUGGACUGUGUUAUAGUGCCUUUCUAGUAUUUGUCCUUUCAGGGUUAUAGUCUUACGCCUUCUUCAAGCAUUAACAAGUGCCGUGCUGCUCGAUUUCUUUGGACAGUAAAUCCCGCCUCCUUCGAUUUGAUUGAUUAUCGCAAACAUUUUGACAUUGACGAGCAUUUUUAGACACUAAAUGGAUUAGUUUUUGUGGCCGCGCCUGCCCGAGCAAUUAAUCUGUGCUGACGGAAGGAUAUAGACUACGUACAGUUCCUAUAAUCCAUUCUUCAUUACUUUGCAACGGGCCGGUGUUACAAUAUAUUUGGGUCAUGUUUUUCAAUUUUUGCACAUACACCUAUAGGUCAACCAAGGUCAGUUAUAAUAACUUAGGACACUAAAGAGAGCUUUCUACUGACUCUGAAACACAGCAGAAUAAAGAAGCUCAGGGUCUCUGAACACCUGUGAAUGUGCCUUAGUCCUGCUGCAGGAGACAAGAGGACUGCAGAUGUGAACAGAGCAAUAAACUGCAAUGUCUGUAAUGUAAGAUGCCUGAGACAGUGCUACAGGGAGACAGAAGGACAGCUGAUUGUCCUCCAGUGCCAAACCACAUGUGACCAUAAGUCCCACCAGACAUGUUUGAGAAUGUGAAAUGCCUUGAUGGAAGAGUGGAGUAACAUCUCACAGCAAGAGCUGCAAAUCUGGUGCUGUCCAUGAGGAUGAUAAGCUCUGUAAAGCAGCUGGUGCCACACCAGACUUUCACAUGUUCAUCAAACGUCUGUGAAAUUUGUUCAGUUUAUGUCUCCGUUGUUUAAUCUUUUUGUUUGUACAAAUAUUUACAUGUUAAGAAAUUUGCUGGAAAAACAGUAGAAUGUGAAAAACUCAAUGUGCACCAAUACUGAUUGAGCUUAUUUUUAUUAGGACACAGAUACAUUUGUAGAGGUUUAUUUCCAGUUGUCAACACUAUGCAGUACUGUAGUCACAAUAUGACAACGAAGGAAGCAGACUAAUCAGACCGAUGCGAUUUGAGGAGCGUGUGCUAAUAUUUUCAGUUCCAUUCACUUGCGCGUUCUUUCAAGGACACGCCCACAAAAUGAGGAUAUCUUGAAUAUUCGCGUAAGCGCCACCCAGUGGAACAGAAUAUUUCAGGAACCGAAUAUAUUGUAACACCGUCACAACACCUGUUAACUAACUGCUCGGUUCUCUUAAAGUGUCCGAGCGCUGCCCAUGCAGCUGCUGACCAGUAUUGUGUCUUAGCGAACCCUGUUGCUGUGGUUUCGAUCAGAAUAGUAAUGUUUGUGGGAUCAAUAGAAUCGUCAACGCCCUUACAAUUUUUACUAUUAAAAGUGAAAGAGAAAGGAGCGCAGUAUAUUUCCUUGUUUUGAGCUUUGCAGUCAGACAUGUCGAACACAGCCAAAAUGGCCUUUCAGGUCCGCAUCAGGAUUAAUAAACAUACGAUUAAAGUAUUAGGUGUAGCGUCAUCAAGUGAAGAAUUUGAGAGACUCACCAUUGGAAAGCUGAAGGAAAAGGCAUUAAGUUUAUUUCCUGGAGUAAACGAUCCAGAAGACCUGAGAGUGAUUUUUCGUCAAAAUGAGCUUGAAGACAAUCAAACAUUUGAAUCUUGCAACAUUACACAAUUGUCUGUCUUGAUCUUCGUGCUCAGGAUGCCUGGAGGAGGAGGUCCACCUAAACCUGGAGGAAAUGAAUCCUGUGGGAAAGUCAGUGAAAAUGUGGGAAUAUUAGAUCGGUUGAAGGUUGGCAGCUCAUAUCACCAGAGCGGAGCAGAGAAGAGAGAGAUUCAAGAAAGAGGCUCAGUGCCUCAAUAUACAGGAGCAACAGCAAGAGAUUCAGUACCUCAACUUGAAGGAGCAACAAAACCCAGUUCAAUCUCUGACCGAGAAUCCAGCUCCCUGAUGAGGAUUGUUCUGCUGGGAUUUCAGAAUACAGAGAAAAGCUCUGCUGGAAACACAAUCCUAGACAGACGGGACUUUGAGUCGAAGAGAAGUCUGGAGUGUGUGGUCAGACAGGGACAGGUGAAUGGCAGGCCGCUGACUGUGGUUGAAGCUCCAGGCUGGUCGGUUGGACAGACAGACGACAGUACUGAGUUACUCAAACGGGAGAUUGUGAGCAGCCCGGCUCUGUGCCCUCCAGGUCCACACGCUUUCCUUAUAGUCGUACCUGUAAACAUCUCGUUCACCGAGGCUCACAGGACAUCAGCGGCGGAGCAUCUUGAGCUGCUCGGUACGAGGGUCUGGCCUCAUGUUAUGGUGUUAUUCAUUGAUGGAGGACACCUGGGAAACAGAUCCAUAGAGAUGCACAUUGAGUGUGAGGGCGGCGCCCUCCAGUGGCUGCUGGAGAAAUGCGGCAACAGAUAUCAUGUUCUCAACAGCAAGCGCACGCGUGACGGCACUCAGGUCACAGACCUGCUGGACAAGAUCGAGAAGAUGGUGGACGGAAAUAAUGACCACCACUAUUAUAUAGACCUCAAUGUAAAAGAAGCAGAGAAGCAGAAAAAGGAGGCAAUGGAGAGAGCGAGACAGAGAGAGAUAAAAGCCCAGAAGAAGAGAGUAAAAAUCAGAGAACAGAUGGGUCACACACAGAGACUGUCCGAGCUCAGGCUGGUGCUGAUGGAGCACGGAGCACCUGGAAACAGUUCUGCAGGAAACUUCAUCCUGGGCAAGAAGGAGUUUGAGUCGAGAAGAAGUGCAGAGUGUGUGAAGAGGCACGGAGAGGCGGCCGGCAGAAAGAUCACUCUGGUCGAAGUCCCCGACUGGUGCAAGAACAGAGAAAUCACAGAGAGCUGCCAGUUACUUCAGCAGGAGAUCAUCCUCAGCACGUCUCUGUGUGCUCCAGGACCCCACGCUAUAUUACUGAUCGUACGCACAGACGUGGCCUUCAGAGAAACCGACAGGAGCGUGAUCGAGGGACAUGUAGAGCUACUCGGAGAGAGAGUCUGGAGUCGCAUCAUUGUGCUGUUCACCUCUGAGAACUAUCUAGGGGACACGCCUAUAGAGAUGCACAUUGAGAGCGAAGGUGGUGCCCUCCGCUGGCUGCUGGAGAAAUGCGGCCAUAGAUACCAUGUUCUCAACACUGAGAGCAGAGAUGCUGGCAUUCAAGUCCAAGAUCUCCUGGACAAGGUGGAAGAGAUGGUGGCCGAAAACAGCUCCUGCCAUUACGAGAUGGACAGAGAGAUUUUAAAAGAUACGGAAGAAAGGAAAAGGAAAGCAAAACGGAGAGCUCAUCAGAGGCAGCAGAAUGUGCAAAAACAGAGACUAUAUGUCAGGUCUCAAAUUGGAGUACUAAGGCUGGUGCUGAUGGGCCACAGAACAGCUGGGAAGAGUUCAGCCGGGAACACUAUCCUGCGACGAGAGGCGUUCGAGCUAAAGACUGCCGUUCAGGCUGAGUUUAAACAGGGAACGGUGGCCGGCAGAGAAGUCACAGUGGUCGAGUCGCCCUGCUGGAGUGAUCCAAAUGUGCAGAAUACUGCAAAACUGUACCAGUUAGAAUUCAUGCACAGUCUGUUUUUGUGUCACCCGGGGCCACACGCUCUUCUCCUAGUCAUCCGCGUCGACACGAAAUACAGCGAGAUGAACAACAGAGUGCUGGAGGAACAUCUCGAUCUUCUCAGCCAGAGAGUGUGGAAACACACUAUAGUCCUGUUCACUCAUGAAGACUGGCUGGGACAGACGCCCAUAGAGAUGCACAUCGAGAGCGAAGGCGGCGCCCUCCACAGGCUGCUGGAGAAAUGUGGAAACAGAUAUCAUGUUCUCAACACCAAAGUUAAGAAUGAUGGCAUGCAGGUCGUGCAGUUGUUUGAAAAGAUCGAGGAGAUGGCGGCAGAAAAUAAGCACUGCCAUUACCAACUAGACCAAAAGAUCUUAGAUGCUGCGAAGGAGAGAAGGCGAGCGGAGGAGAGAGCAAAGGAGCGAGAAUUAAGAGCACAGAGACCGAGAGAAGAAAACCGAGCAAAGAUAGAGAGAUUUGAAAUCAGCUACACGGAAGAAGAAGCUGUCCAAAGGCUGAAUGCAUCUGUCUGGGUGCAGGAUGGAGGCAGACUGUCACCUGCGUUCAGUUGCCUGUCAAUGAAGAGCGAUGAUUCAAUUGCAACACCACCGAACUUCAGCUCUGACCACUACAGAUCAUCACGUGCAUCAUCCGUUUGCAGCGACGUGUCAGACGGACAGAUUCCACACCACUGAUGCAUGAGCACCUGACACCAGACUUCAUGAGGUAUCCCGUGAGCAAAGUGCAGCAGAGAGAUCCUGCGUUCUGUUCCUGCGGACACAGCUGUUCCUGGCAGUGUGCGUCGGUCCUGUCUGCUUCUGAAGAGACAACACACAAACCUCAGCACCGGAUUUAAUACAAUCUGGAUUACAGUAACACCAUAGAUGACAUUAAAACUUGUACAGUUCUGCCAGAUCUGUGAUGUAUAGGCAACAGCCCAGCAAAGACACAACCUAAACGAGGAAACGCCUGUUUAAGUUUUGAUUGGGAAAAAUUUUUACUAUUUCAAAAUCUCAUGUAUCUCAUGACUCAUGUAUAUAUUUGCAAUUUUGAACUGAUUUUUGAAAAUAGCAGCCUGUUGUACUUAUGGCAGCGGUGUCCAAUGCUGUUCCUGGAGAUCUUCCUGUAGAGUUCAUCUCCAUCCCUGAUCAAACACUGCUGUCUGUAAGUCUCAAGUUCUCCUGGAGAUCUUCAUCAGCUGCUUCAGGUGUGUUUGACAGGUAGAUCUCCAGGAACAGGAUUCACACACAACUGAAAUGAUGUAAUACAUAAUGAAAACUAAAUUUCUCUGUUAAUAUCCAUUUAUUAAUCAUCUCGCUCUGGAGCGUUU